GACGCCAUAAUCCCUCAACGAUCCCCAGAGCAGAGCCAUCCUCUCUCUCUCUCUCUCCUCGCGAGCCCUCACAAGCGAACGGCGAGAGACCAGAGAUGGGCGGCGGCAACUGCAACCCCAAGGACUUCGGCGCCGCCGCCUACUGGGACGCCCGCUACUCCUCUCCCUCCACUGGCGGCAAGGGCGGCGGCGGUGGCGGCGGGUUCUUCGACUGGUACCAGUCGUACUCGGCGCUCCGCCCACUCCUCCGCGCCUGCGUGCCCGCCUCCUCCCAGGUCCUCAUGCUCGGCUGCGGCAACUCCCUUCUGUCGGAGGACAUGGUAAAGGAUGGUUACCAGAACAUAGUAAACAUAGACAUCUCAUCCGUUGUAAUCGAGCAGAUGAAAGAGAAGCACAUGGAUUUCCCACAGCUUACAUAUAUGCAGUUGGAUGUCAGAGAUAUGAGCUUCUUUGGAGAUGGAUCAUUUGAUUGUAUCAUCGACAAAGGAACUUUGGAUGCUAUGAUGUGUGGCGAUGAUGCCCCUCAUGGUGCUUACAAAAUGCUAGCAGAAGUGGCAAGGCUUAUGAGGCCUGGUGGGAUUUACAUAUAACAUAUGGUGCCCCUAAGGAACGCCUGACACUUCUGAAUCAAGUCCGAUGCCGUUGGGAAGUUGAGCUUUACAUUAUGCGUAAGUUUGAAAUGUCCUCUCCUCACUCUGAAGAGCGCGCCCAAGUACCAUUUCUACCAUACACUCUAUUAUAACAUGGUUUUGUGCAUAUGAUUUGCUUUAUUAUGUGGGAACUAUGGAUUCAAAAGUGCGAGGUUUGCUUCAUUCUGUAGGAACUAUGGAUGCAAAACUGCAAAGUUUUGCUUCUACUAUCCAAUUCUCAUAAGAUGCUAAAGAACUACAAUAGAGUUAUGAAAAAGUUGCUACAGGCUGAUUAUAGCACACAAUGUUACUCGGGAAUCUUGGGAGGGAAUAAAUUAGCACCAUUUAUUGGGAACUCAUAUGCCCUUUUUUGUUUGCAAAAUGUUUGGAUCUACUAUCUAGGUUUGCAUAUUGUUGUAUGUGUCAUUCGGGAAACAUGUCACUAAUCCUUUGUGCCACUUUCAAUGGCCAAAGACCAAAAUACCCUUGUUUGAUGGUUAGUCAGUGCCUCAGUGGCAACCUUGACUUGAAUUAAUGACGGCGGCAAUGGUGACCGAAGAAGCCUGCCUGGUCUGUGCUUCGUGCCCUCGAUCACGCCACGUCAUUAAACAAAG